AUGCGUUCUUCGUCUCUUCAAAGUUGCAACCUUAGAGGGCCUAUUCCUGAAUCUAUUUCUAAUCUCAUUCAUAUAGAUUAUUUGCACCUUCAAGAUAACUCCCUGAAUGGAACAAUACCAUCAGGGGUGUUCUCCCUUCCAUCACUAAGAUAUUUACUCUUGGGUAAGAACCACUUUUCUGGUCAUCUUGAGGAUUUCAAGUCCAAUUCACUAAUCUGGAUCUAUUUAGGUGACAACCAACUGCAAGGAUAUCUUCCCAAGUCAAUUCAAAACCUUGUGAACCUCACAAUUCUUUAUCUUCCUUUCAAUAAUUUUUGUGGUCGUGUGGAUGUCAGCCUCUUUUCAAACCUGAAAAGGCUUUCGUAUCUUUCUCUUUCAAAUAAUAAGAUCUCAUUGACCAAUGAGAACAAAGUUACUUUGCCUGAAUCUCUUCAUACGUUACAAUUGGCCGCAUGUGAAGUAAAAGAAUUGGAGUUUCUAAGAUCCGCAAAGCAGCUCGAGGAGUUGGAUCUUUCAAAUAAUAAGAUUCAAGGACGAAUUCCAAAUUGGGCAUGGUCUAACUGGAUGUUUUCAUUGGAAAGUCUUAGUAUAUCCCACAAUAUGCUGACGAGUGUUGAUAGAAUUCCUCUUCAGAUUGUAUAUACUAUUGAUUUACGGUCCAAUUUGCUUCAAGAUUCACUACCUAUGCCACCAAUUUCCACAGGAUACUUCUUCAUCUCCCAAAAUAAUCUCACUAAAGAAAUUCCUUCAUCUAUUUGCAAUUUGACAUCACUGGUAAUGCUAGAUUUGGCAAAAAACAACUUGAUGGGAGAAAUUCCGCAAUGUUUGGGUAAUAUUAGUGGUCUCGAGGUUCUUGAUAUGCAGCACAACAGGCUUAUUGGUACUCUUCCAACAAUUUUCAGCAUUAAUGGAAGUUCACUGAGAAGAGUUGCAGCGUCUUGA